GCGCCGCAGUUGUCAGCGGAGGAGGCAUGGCUGCGCUCGUGCGGGCAUUCCUACAGGCAUUGCUGCUGGCGGCAGGCCUGGCUGCUGCGCGUGGGGCAUUGGAAUCGACGUUUGUUCACUGCUGUUCUAUUGGUUCCACGCUGGCGGCUGAAAAGGUACAGUGUGAUCAGUAUGCGGCUCCUGUGACUGGCGUCUCCGUGGAGCAACAGAGCAUGUGCCUCUCAACAAUUGAGAUAUGCUGCCUUCGAGCUUACAGGGAUAUAAAAUGCUUAGCUGGAAAACGUGCUGCCAAGCAAGGAGACGAUUGUGUAGUGGAUACAGGCUUUGGUGGAGAAUCUCAAAAGGAUUGCUGCGAGGCUUGCAAGCUCGGCCUAAUUACCUCCUCCAUGAACAUGGGCUGUGCCUUUCGCAAGUUCUCUUUCGGCUGCCCGUGGGAAGAGGUGCACAGGGAGUGCUGCCUCGAGUCGGCGUCCUCGCUCGCCCUGCCCGACCAGAACAACACCAUCUCCUCGAGCGUUUCUGAGGACUCAGCUGCAGAUUUUGACAACCUGUGCGACAUGCUGCAAGGCGAGCUGUGCGCACACAUUUGCGUGUCCAUCCCCAGGUCCUACAAGUGCGAGUGCCACGAAGGCUUCACGCUCAUGUCGGAUGGCAAGACGUGCCAGCAGAAAGAUCUGCCUGACAGGUGCGCAGUGAACAACCCGUGUGCGCACAAGUGCCUGGACACCGGGAUUGCGGUGGAGUGCUCGUGCCGCCAGGGAUACCAACUUGGGGUGGACGAGAGGAGUUGUUACGACAUAGACGAAUGCAUUCUUAAAAUGGACAGGUGUGACCCCGAAACACAGCAUUGCAAGAAUGAACCAGGAAGCUACAUAUGCAUCAACGCGGAUGGCCAAGCUGUUAAACCACCCUCUGGACAAAAUCCUGUCAAUUCUUCCGAGUCCAACAACAUGAAAUGCCCGGCUGGUUACCAGUACAAUAAAAAUGCACAAGUCUGUGAUGACAUCGACGAGUGCUCCCUUCAACUGGCAACCUGUGGCGAGGGUAGCGUGUGCGAGAACACCAUCGGCUCGUACGAGUGCGUCCGCAGGCCGGCGGAGAACUGCCUGCCGGGCUAUCGCAUGGACCCGCUCAGCCGCUCCUGUGUCGAUCUGGACGAGUGCGCGACGGGCCACCACAACUGCAGCGCGGGCGAGCGGUGCAGCAACGUGGACGGCGGCUUCGUGUGCGCGCCGGAGUGCGCCGCGGGGCUGCAACCCGGCCCCGGCGCCGGCCCCUGCGUCGACAUCGACGAGUGCACAGAGGCGCUGCACGACUGCGUCGGCCAGAGCAGUUGCAUCAAUACAAUUGGCAGUUACAUCUGCCAGACGAAUCCUGAGUGUCCACGUGGCUACAGGAAAAUUUCUAACGUCUGUGAAGAUAUCGACGAGUGCCUGACCAACACCAACGUGUGCAACCCGGCCGAGGAGGUGUGCAUCAACGAGCCAGGGGGCUACCGAUGCGGAGCCAAGCCCUGGGGGCCGGUGGCCACCCAGCGUCCAAGUCAGGUCCCGUCGUGCGGCGCGGGCUACGCUUACAGCUCAAACCGCUCCAUCUGCAUGGACAUUGACGAGUGUUCAGAAGACGAGUCUCCCUGCAGCAGCAACGAGGAAUGUGUAAACACUGUCGGAUCCUACGUGUGCAACUGCAGGUUGGGCUUCAAGCUGGAUUAUAUAACUCGUGCGUGCGUUGACGUGAACGAGUGCCAGACGAACGGACACAGCUGCCUGGCCAGCCAGCGGUGCGACAACACUAUAGGCUCGUACCAGUGCAUCCGCUACACCAGCUGCGGUACCGGGUACACGCUCAACGCAGAGACUGGCCAGUGCGAAGACGACGACGAGUGUACCCUGAAGACUGACAAUUGUCACGCACUCGGUCCAGCCUAUGUGUGCAGAAACACACUCGGCUCGUUCCGGUGCGAGCGCAAGCGUUGCAGCAGCAAACAAAUCUUGCUCCCAUCAGGCGAAUGCAAGAAAAUCGACUGCCCGCCUGGCUAUAUCAGCGGACUAUACGGCAAAUGCGUGGAUGUGAACGAGUGCGCCACAAACAACCCGUGUCGUCGGAACCAGCAGUGCGUCAACACGCCUGGGUCCUUCCAGUGCACCAACCUCUUCAACUGCGGCGUCGGGUUCAGGCUGAGUGAAGACGGCGGCCGGUGUAUGGAUGUCGACGAGUGUGCCGAAAGGACGCACGAGUGCGGAGAGCUGCAGACGUGCCAGAACCAGGCAGGAGGCUACCUCUGCCAGUGCCCCAGGGGCUACUCCGUGCAGAACAGCAACGACUGCGUCGACAUUGACGAGUGCACCAAGUAUAGAGGACAGAUUUGUGGAAUCAGUUCUCAGUGUCAGAAUACUCCAGGAUCCUACGAGUGCUUAUGCAAAGCAGGUUUCCGACAAGAACCUGGAACCAAUCAGUGCUCUGAUAUUGACGAAUGCACAGAGAGACCAGGUAUAUGUCAUCACAAGUGCAUAAACGUGUGGGGGUCGUAUAGAUGUCUCUGCAACCCAGGUUUCAUUUUGCAGAAUGACAACAGGACGUGCCUAGACAUUGACGAGUGUGAAAAGUUCAAGGACCGCAACUUGUGCAUAGGCAUGUGCGUCAAUGUUCCCGGCAGCUACACGUGUGCCUGCCCGGAGGGCUACCGCCUGGGCUACGACGGCCGAACAUGCCAAGACAUUGACGAGUGCGCCACCGGGACUGUGUGCAACCAGCCGCACGAGGUCUGCGCCAACACCAGGGGAAGCUACCGCUGCAACACCAUCACCUGCCCCUCGGAGUACGUCAAGGACACCGAGCACAAGAACCGGUGCCUGCGUGCGAAGACGGUGUGCCAUGUGGGCAACGCAGCUUGCCACCAGAUGCCCAGCACGUACUCGUACAACUUCAUUUCGUUCGUUUCGAAUGUGGCAAUUCCGACGAGCGGCCAUAUGGACCUGUUUACCAUGCGGGGGCCGCACCUCUCCUCCACGUCGACACGCUUCAAGUUGGAACUGCUGAGUGCUCGCUCCGCGGCCGGCACGCAAGCUGCGACGCGUGAUCACUUCUGGCUACGACAGACGUCCUCCAGCCAGGCGGUGGUGUCUCUGACACGGUCUGUGGCUGGCCCGCAGGACAUAGAGCUGCAGCUCACCAUGGACAUGUACCAGCUGGGGCGGAUCGUUGGCAAGGCGGUGGCCAAGCUCAUUAUCUAUGUGUCCGAGUAUGAGUACUAGUUCCGACCCACUUGAUAGCAGCUAACUAACUAAUCACCACAUAUCCAGCUUGCUGCAAGCUUGCCAUGGACUAGUAACACCUGAAGUGAUUAGUCGACAAGGCAUUGACCAAGCUCAUCAUCUACGUGUGUGAGUACGAGUAAAAAGUCUCGUCCUCUCUGAUAGCUGUGCAAGCUCACUGUUCUCCAUGAAUCCAAAUGGUGUAUGCUUUUUGCAAGCUUGCAAUGGACAUGUAACAUCUGGGGCAGCUAGUUGGAAAGGCAGUGGCCAUGCUCACAAUCUAUGUUUCCGAGUACAAGUACUAGUCCCAACCCCUCUUAUAGCAGCCAGUUUAAAGAUCUCAUUGUGUCCGGCUUGCUGCAAGCUUCCUGUAAGCAUACCAUGGACAUGUACCGACUGUCUAGUUGACAAGGCGGUGGCCAAUCUCAUCAUCUAAAUGUCCAGUACGAGUACUAGUUCCCUCCCUUGAUAGCAGCAAGCUUAAUGGAUAACCUAUGUACAGCUUUCUGCAAGCUUGCCAUUGACAUGUUCCAGUUUGGGCUGCAUGUCAGCAAGGUGUUGGCCAAGCUCGUCUCCAUGCUGCAAACUUGCUGCAAGCUGACCAUGGUAAUGUACUAGAUGGGGCAGUUGGUCGGCAAGGCGGUGGCCACAAUUAUCAUGUACAUGUUUGAGUACGAUUUUUAGUCUCAACCUCACUGACAGCAGCAAGCUUAUUAUCUUAAUACAGCCCUGCAACCUUGCUGCGAACCUUGCUAUGUACAUGUACAAGGUGGGGCGGCUAGUCUUUAAGGAGCUUGCUGCAAGCUUGCUGGAAGCUUGCAAUUGGCAUGUACCAGCUGGGAUAGCUAUUCGGCAAGGCGGUGGCCAAGCUCAUCAUCGACAUGUCCAAUGAGUACUAAUCUCAAGUCCCAUGAUAGCAGCAAGCUUGUGCCCUAGAGCUCACUAGAUUACACAUCCAUCUUGUUGCAAUUUACUUUGAUGAAUUAACUUUGCUAGCCUUCUCCACGCUUUCAUAAGGCUGCGACUGCAAGACUGAGUUAUAAUAAAUGUCAAAGUUAAACUUGAAAUAUUCUAGAAUCAAGCAAGUCUAAUUGAAGUCCCUCUGCAAGAUUACCAUUAGUAAAAGUGUUCCUUGGAGUUUGGAUACAAACAUAGACUAACUACCGGGAAAAUUCGCUGUUUCAACUUAUAUUCACUGUUCGUCGUUUUCAUCAUAAAUUGACCAAAACUAUCGAUUACAGAUAUUCCAGAGAUAUUAAUUAUCAUAAUGAUCGUCCUCUAUUUACGAGUACUAAGUGUACUUCUUUGAACAAUAAAUUAAGAAGAACCACCUUGGUAUAUUAAAUUAAUGGCAAUUUUUUUUAAUUUUAAAACUAUAAUUACUGCCGAAAAAAGGUCUUAAAAUUCAAGAUAUACUGUUAUCUAAGACUAGGGCAAACAUUACGGUUAUUUGAUGUGCAUUAUUAGCUGAAAAUUCCGUAAAUAUACCGAAGUCUUUAUUAGUUUAGCAUAAAUACUUUGUGUUACCUCUGCAUAGGGACUAGUAAAAUAUUUUAUUAUUUAAUAGUGCCAGGUCAGAUAACUUGUGUAUAGGUAAUAAAAUCAGUAUCUCUUGCUUAAUGGAUGUCACCACAUUUCAAUUUCUAUUCGGAUUAUUUUCAGAUUGUUUUGGAAUGUACAAUAACUAAUGACCCAAUGGUAUUUGUGUCAGCUGCCUAGCCUGUCCCAGAGUUUACAUGUGAUUUUUACAGUGACGUGCUUCUGCAAUUCACUCACGGUUAAUUUGGAGAACUGUGAGCGAAUCACAUACCCAACAACAAUAGAAGCACUUAAUCAUACUCAAUAUUCAUUUAAGUCUUAUAAAAUCAGCAGCGGAGUGAAUCCACUAGUAUGUCCUGUCCCUAAAGAUAAGUCAGGAUACUGGUAUUCCUGGAUAAAUUAAAUAUCUUUAUAGAAUUCCACAAGCUGUGUUCAUACUUGCAACAUUUCUUCAUUCAUUUGCUAGGAUCGGUUAUAGCAGCAUCUGUUGGCAAAAAGGCCAACGAAAAAUACAAUUAAACCUAUUAAGAUUGUAUUGUACGGAAUGGUCUUUAAAUGUGUGUAACGUUUGUACUAUUAUAGCUUUUAUGUCUGCCAAAUUGUACUUACAAUAUAAAGCACCCUUAUUAUCAGUGAA